CGCCAUUGGUCCGCCGCACCGUCGGCUCGGCGGGCGGUGUCCGGACGCAGGUGCCGGCCCGAGCGAAGCUAGCGGCGCUGAGGGGACCGGCCGGGCCGGGAUCAGGGCCGGGGCUAGCGAAGGGGCCUGCGCGGCCGCCCGGCCCGGCCGCGGAUCAGGCUCUUGGGACCAUGGGCCUCGGGCCCUGAGGACGCAGGGCUCCCUGUGGCCAUGACGACUGGUGACUGCUGCCACCUCCCUGGCUCCCUGUGUGACUGCUCUGGCAGCCCUGCCUUCUCCAAGGUCGUGGAGGCCACUGGCCUCGGGCCACCUCAGUAUGUGGCGCAGGUGACUUCAAGGGACGGCCGGCUCCUCUCAACCGUGAUCCGAGCCUUAGACACGUCAAGUGAUGGUCCCUUCUGCCGGAUCUGCCAUGAGGGAGCCAACGGGGAGAGCCUGCUGUCUCCCUGUGGCUGUACUGGCACGCUGGGCGCCGUGCACAAGAGCUGCCUGGAGAGGUGGCUCUCCUCGUCCAACACCAGCUACUGCGAGCUGUGCCACACGGAGUUUGCCGUGGAGAAGCGGCCCCGGCCCCUCACAGAGUGGCUGAAGGACCCGGGGCCUCGGACGGAGAAGCGGACGCUGUGCUGUGACAUGCUGUGCUUCCUGUUCAUCACGCCCCUGGCUGCCAUCUCGGGCUGGCUGUGCCUGCGCGGGGCCCAGGACCACCUCCGGCUCCACAGCCGGCUCGAGGCCGUGGGGCUCAUCGCGCUCACCAUCGCCCUGUUCACCAUCUACGUCCUCUGGACGCUGGUCUCCUUCCGCUACCAUUGCCAGCUGUAUUCCGAGUGGAGAAGGACCAACCAGAAAGUUCGCCUGAAGAUCCGGGAUGCAGACGGCUCUGAGGGCACCCCGCACUCCUCGCUGGCAGCUGGACUCCUGAAGAAGGUGGCAGAGGAGACACCCGUGUGAAGGCCGGGCCAGCAGGGCCAGAGACAGCUGGCGACGCCCUGGUGUUGGGAAGGACGAAAUUGCCUGACCCUUCCUGCACGGCCAGAAUGCUUCUGAGGCCAAGAGCCACCAAGCGGAGCUGGUUCUGUGAUCCCACACGAAGAUGUUUUCCAAUUGUUUUGCACACCGUCGUACCUGAGGACAGAUGGACGUGGUCCUGAGCUUUGGACGGAGCAGGCACCCUGAUCUCGUCCUGAGGUCCACCCGGCCCCUUGUGGGCCGGCAGCCGUGGCCACAGGUGAACCAGGGCGCCCGUGGGGCUGGGAGGUUCCGCAAGCUUCUUGCGCUUCUCUGCGCCCAGCAGGCUUGCUUUCCUGGCACCCUCGACUUUAUAAAAUUGCACUGCGUUUCAAAAACCCACCCUGAACGAAUAAAAGGAGCCCUUGCUGGACAAAA